CAUUCACCAGCUAGUGGAGAACACAGACAGAGCUUUGAAGAUGAAGAUUGUAUUCGAAGGGCCAAAUGAAGCUGUGAAACCACAUGGGAAAAAACCUCAAAGUAACUUAGAAGCAAGACAAAGUUAAAGGGGUCCCAGUGUUCCGGGGCCAAAUGUCCAUAAAGGAGGUGGACGAGCAGAUGCUUAAUAUCCAGAACAAGAACAGCAGCUACUUUGUGGAAUGGAUCCCCAACAAUGUGAAGACCGCUGUCUGCGAUAUCCCACCCCGUGGUCUAAAAAUGUCUGUCACCUUCAUCGGCAACAGCACAGCCAUCCAGGAGCUGUUCAAGCGUAUCUCUGAGCAGUUCACUGCCAUGUUCCACCGCAAGGCCUUCUUGCACUGGUAUACUGGAGAGGGCAUGGACGAGAUGGAGUUCACUGAGGCAGAGAGCAACAUGAACGACCUGGUGUCUGAGUACCAGCAGUACCAGGACGCCACCGCUGAGGAAGAGGGAGAGUUCGAGGAGGAGGCUGAAGACGAUGACCCUUAAGGACAGAGCUUUGAAGACGAAGACUGUAUUCGUAGGGCCAAAUGAAACCGUGAAACCACAUGGGAAUAAACCUCAAAGUAACUUAGAAGUAAGACAAAGUUAAAGGGGUCCCAAAACCAAUGUUGAGCAUUUUUUUUAUCU